AUGUCUCUGGCUGCAGGUCCCGGCCGUGGCGGCGGCGGCGCUUCAGCUGCUCAGCUCCCAGACGAGCUGCAGCUGGUCGUCGACAAACAUGUCGCAUACAUUCAAAGCCUUGAUACUCGCAGGGACGAACUCGAAUACCACCUCACGGAGCAUCUUCGCAUCAGCGGCAUCUACUGGGGCCUGACAGCUCUGCAUCUACUCGGCCAGCCGGAAGCAUUACCAAGAGAAGGACUGCUCGACUUCGUAUUCAGCUGUUUGCAUGAAAAUGGCGGAUUUGGCGCAGCGCCUGGACAUGAUCCACACAUGCUGUAUACCUGCUCGUCAGUGCAGAUCCUGGCCAUGACGGAUGGAUUCGCUGAGCUGGAAAAGAACCUUCCAGAUGGGAAGAUGAAGAUUGCAAAAUACAUCGCAAGCCUGCAACAGCCGAACGGGACAUUUGCUGGCGACCAGUGGGGCGAGACAGACUCGAGAUUCCUCUUCUGUGGGCUGCUCGCACUCUCUCUUCUCGGCAUGCUGCCAAAUCAAAGGCCGAACGAACCGCCUAUAAUAGAUCUCACUGCAGCCACAGACCACAUCAAGGCAUGCCAGAACUUUGACGGCGCUUUCGGCGUGGCGCCAGGUGCAGAAUCGCAUUCUGGUCAGGUGUACACUUGUGUUGGAGCUCUUACACUUGCGGGCGAACUGGACUCCUAUCUGGGCGAAGAAGGCAAAGACCGACUGGGAGCGUGGUUGAGCGAACGUCAGCUGCCGUCUGGAGGCUUGAAUGGGCGGCCGGAGAAGCUCGUGGACGUGUGCUACAGCUGGUGGGUCAUGACGAGCAUGGCCAUGAUAGACCGGGUACACUGGAUCGACCAAAAGAAGCUCACAUCCUUCAUCUUGCAAUGCCAGGAUCCCGAUCAAGGUGGACUGGCUGACAGGCCCGGCGAUAUGGUCGACGUGUUUCACACCUGCUUCGGUAUCGCUGGGUUGAGUCUAUUGCGAUACCCUGGUUUGGUGGAGGUGGAUCCCGCUUAUUGUAUGUCGAAGCCUCUCGUUGACAAGUUUCUUGGGCGAAAGUAG